GGGUGUUAUAUGGUAUUUGUGAAGCCGAUUUAAAACGUUACAACACUGUUGUGAUGGUUGUAGCAAUCGUGACUGGCUGGAGUUCCUCGAAGUGAAAAUCCGAGUUGUGCCACUGCCAUCAGAGUAUGUUGUGGAAAUUAGAUUGUGAAACAGUUAGUAGUAGGCUUACUCUACUAUCUGUCUCCAGAAUUAGCUAUCUAAAGCCAGCGCCAAACAGGCUAAGGAUGCUUUGACUUGGGUAGAUUAGAUGCCUAUGAAGGAAGGGAGUGUGUUAUCAGAACAAGAGACAGUGGUGUCCGUAUUAAUCUCUAAUCCCAGUUUUGACGUUUCCAUUAGGUGUAGUGCUAAAUCUGCGACAGACGACAAGAUACGCAACUCUUCUCCGCACUGGAGAUGGAUGCAGGGCAAAGAUAUGAGUUGAAAUGCAGCAGACGAGCAGACUUUCCACAUCAAGGAUGUCAACAUGCAGAAUAUGAAAAUAUCCUGAUAUUUUGAACUACCUGCAAUCUUCACCAAUAUACUUUUCUCCUAAAGGACAACAUGAACAGAAGGACACACUGUAGUGAAGACAACCUAAAGCAAUAGAACAUUUAAAGGGAAAAAAAAGGAAAUGGACAAUUUAUGAAGAUGGUACUGUCUGCCUGCUUCUAGACCUGUGCAGUGUUGUACUCCGGUUUGUACAGUAAAUCUAGACCAAAUAGACUUGUAUUGCCACCAUUAAGUACCAGCAUAUUGCAAGUGUAAAGAAAAACAGCCAGAAGCAAGGAGUGAAUAGACUGUGAAGCUUUGUGGUUUGCAGAAUCCGCCCCUGAAGAUGCUCCAGACUAGUAACUACUCCCUGGUGCUGCUGAUCCAGCUGACACUGUUGGCCUAUGACCUCUUCGUCAACUCCUUCAGUGAACUCCUGAGGGCAGCGCCUGUCAUCCAACUAGUGCUUUUCAUCAUCCAGGACAUUGCCAUCUUGUUCAACGUGAUCAUCAUUCUGCUGAUGAUGUUCAACACCUACGUGUUCCAGGUUGGCCUGCUGUCCCUUCUGCUGGAGAGGUUCAGGGCUCUGCUGAUAUUGUCUGGUCUUUACCUGACGCUCAGCAUCUGCUUCCACUGCUGGGUGUUGAACCUUAGAUGGCUUGAGUCCAACAAUUUUGUUUGGACUGAUGGUCUUCAAGCUCUUUUUGUUUUCCAGAGAACAGUGGCAGUGUUGUAUUACUACUUAUACAAACGAACAGCAGAGUAUAUGGGAGACCCAAGGCUGUAUGAGGACUCUCUGUGGCUGCGGGAUGCCUUUGCCAGAUGUCGUCAGUGAAGAAGAGACAGUUUCUGUUCUUUUUUAAAGAUAAUUUUUGGGGCAUUUUAUACCUUUUAUUUGACAGGACAGACAAAGACAUGACGCAAAAGGCCCCAGGUUGGAGUUGAACCCAGGCCCACUGCAUCGCGGAGUAAACCUCUAUAUAUGGAUGCCCGUUCUACCAACUGAGCUAUCUGAGCACCCAGAAUAGACAAUUUUAAGAAUGACC